GAAGCAAAUAAGAUACAGCAGUAACCUUAGCCAAAGAAACAUUUCAGCCACACUCUGGCUAUGAAGGUUCAUAUUUAUGUCUUAUUCUUGUCCAUUUGGACAAUAAAUUGUUUAGAUAGAAACCAAACUAACGAAUCAUCUACUGCUACUACUGCCAAUACUACAGUUGAAAUCGUUGAAUCAACAGGAGCAAAAUUGGAUGAUUUUAGAAAACGCCUUCUCGGUUUCAUAGUUGGAAUUAUGAUCAUAGCCUUCACCUUUACCUGUUUCUGUCUACUCCAUUAUAACUGUAUGGUUGAGGAGGUCCAGUCACCAGGAGGGCUCAACAAAGAAAAUAUGGCAGCUAUAUCAUCAUGGGUGUCCAAAGUAUCAGCAUGUCAACCUGAUAUGAUAACUGAGGACAUUCUAGAAGCUCAACCUCUGCUAUUCAAUUCAGACCAACUAUCUGGGCCCUCAUGUCAAGAGAAACAUCUCAUAUCAAACAAUAUAGUAAAAUCAAUUCAGCCUUCAAGUCUAGAAAAGUCAUGCAUACCAUCCAAUGUACAAAAAACCACAAAAUACAUAAAUAUAGAAAAGUCAUCUACAUCAUGCAGUCCAAAACCUUCAAAUAGACUGUUAGAGUCAAAAAGGUCAAUUAAGUCAUCAGACCCCAAAAGAUUACAUAAGUCAUCUCACAUGGAAAGGACAUGUAAGAAACACAACAUUAAAAAGUCACAGAAGAUCACCCAUGGCUAUAAAUUAGGUAACGUCAAUUCAUCCUGUUCAGAUAAGCAAGUAACACCUUGGCUAGCUGUUCUGAAAACUUCAACUAAGCAAAUCACACAAUCAUCUUCUUCAAUCCCAUGUAAGCAAAGCACAUUCACCAAACCAUGCAGAAUAAGGAAACCCAACCUGCCAUAUGGACAUUAUGAGGUAAAAAGGCCAGCGAAUAGAGGAAAAACUUUGUUUCCCAAGCCUACAGCAGCCAAAACUUGCCGACAUUAUAAGGAGAGAUGCCUUGUGUGCAAUACUUCUGGAUUUCUUCUCAAUGACCUUUCAGGGGCAGAGAAAAACCAUGCUGGAAAUAUUUGUGGCUCAAUGAAAAUGAAGCCAUGUCUCCACACUUUCUAUGAUACAGAAUACAAGUACAAUUAUUAUCAGAAGAGUGUGAGCAAUGAUACUAUGAAAAUGUAUGAUAGUGAAGACAGUAACGCAGAGAUAGUCAUUAUUUGUGACACAAGUCAAGAUGAUAUCACAAAUAAAGGAACCUUCCGAUAUUAAGGACUUAAAACAAAUUGAUCUACAUACACAAUAUCCACAUGUAAUCAGUAUCAAGUAAAGAGCUAUUUAUCUCUAAGGUAAUUAAAUUCAUGGCAUUACAAA